GGAUAAAAAUCCAGCUUUUGAGUAGCACACUGGAAUUGUUUUGCAUGGCCCCUGGUUUUGCAUCCUUUGACUCCAUCAAACAAGCAGUUUAUGUAUAAACAAUUUGAUACCUCUGUCAUUUACACCAUACAGCUGGGCUCCCAACCCAUCAUUCUUCACCUCCGGAAGGGCAGUUCGAAAAUUUCAGAAAACUAAAGCUGCAUGAAAACUGUACCGAAGAAAGCAAAGAAUAAGUCCAAGAAACAGAAGAAGAAAAGAGAAAUGGCGAACGUUGUCCAAGAGUUGUACCAGACUUGCAGUGAAGUAUUUGCAGAUGGUGAUCAUCAAAUUGCUGGGUAUAUUCCCCCAGCUCCUGAUAUUGAAAGGCUCAAGUCAGUUCUUGAUAGAAUGAAACCGGAGGAUCUCAAUCUUUCACCAAACAUGCCAAUGUUUAGAAGAAGUUCUACAGCCCAAGAAGCUUCCCAUCCUCGGAUAACCUAUAUUGAACUACAUGAAUGCGAUCAGUUUUCGAUUGGGAUCUUUUGCUUGCCACCAUCUGCAGUCAUUCCCCUUCAUAAUCAUCCAAACAUGACUGUCUUCAGCAAGCUCCUAUUCGGGGCAUUGCGAAUCAAGUCAUACGAUUGGGUAGAUGAUGGCACGAGCAGCACGAGCAAGAUAAAUACCGGUGAAAUCACACACAGGCAGGAUGGAAUCCGCUUAGCUAAAGUCCAUAUGGAUUCAGAUGUCACCUCCCCAUAUAACGCCUCUGUACUUUUUCCUGCUGCAGGAGGCAAUAUGCACUGCUUCACAGCCCUUACUGCAUGUGCAAUACUGGAUGUCUUAGGUCCACCCUAUUCUGAAUCUGAAGGCCGGCAUUGUACUUUCUUUCAAGAUUUCCCAUAUGAUAAAUUUUCAGGUGGUGCAGAAGAAUUGGUACCUACUGAAGAAGAAGUCACAAAGAAGUAUGCUUGGCUUCAAGAAAUAGAGAAGCCUGAGGAUUAUAUUGAUGGAGGACCGUCCUAAGGACAAAAAUUAUGGAAGACUAAUAAGAAAUUAAGCUUUGUAUGUAGUGGGAAUAAUCUUUGUUUUUGCCUUAUAGUUUUCUUGCUUCAAUUCUAGACACAAGCAUCCUUUGCUCAUCUAAUUGUGACUUUAAUUAAUAAUUGAUUUUCAUUUUGUAUAACAAAA